AACGUCAAAAAAACUAGUUGAAGAGUCUUUUCAGACCGGAGUAGUCGGUUUGAGAAACAGCUAUUAAGUCAUAACAAAAUUAAUGCAUUUCCGAACGGACAUUUAUUCGCAUCGUCAAGUCAUUUAUUAAUCGACAUACUAAAGUUGUAAAUCUACCCGAGGGUUUUUAACGGUGUAAAUGGAGGAGAAGAAGAAAGACGGAGACCCGGAGAUUCAGGAACACGGACCCGAACAUUGGUUCUCAAAAUGGGAGCGGCAGUGUUUGGCCGAAGCGGAGCAAAGAGAGUCAAACGAGGAGGAGGCCGACAACGACCAGGAUAAAUUAUGGCAUCUCUUCCAGAAUUCCGCCACUGCCGUGGCUCAGCUCUACAAAGACCGAGUAUGUCACCAACAGGGGGGGCUUUCUUUGUGGGUGCCGUUUCAGAACGCAGCCACAGCCGUGACCAACCUGUACAAAGAGUCUGUGGAGGCCCACCAGCGUAGCUACGACCUAGGUAUACAGAUCGGCCACCAGCGUCGCAACAAGGAUGUGCUGGCCUGGGUGAAGAAAAGGAGGAGAACCAUCCGGCGAGAGGACCUCAUCAGCUUCCUGUGUGGCCGGGCCCCACCCCCCCGGACCUCCAGAGCCACCCUCACCCCAGGACACAGGCUGACCAUGGUCUCCCCUAACCGGCCUCCCCCGGCCCCUGAGACAGACUCCUCUGUGGAGGCUGACCUCCAGCCCUUCAGAGAGGCCAUCGCACUGCAUGGUCUAAGUGGGGCUAUGGCCAGCAUCAGUGUUCGUUCCGGUACCCCAGGCUCUCCCACCCACGUGGGGGUGCUGGUGGGGGUGGGUCGACCCCGGUGGGGGCGUCGGCGUAACGGUCUCCAUGAUGUGGACCUGAACACUUUCAUCUCCGAGGAGAUGGCCCUGCACCUGGACGCUAACCCCAGGAAACGCAGCUCCGCCCAGUGCAAUGACGUCAUAACAGACUCCCCACCCAUAAACGCAACCGGAUGAUCUGAUUGGGCAGCC